AUAUUUUACGCAUGCGCAGCAGCUUGCUUUUGGCGUCGCAGUGGAAGCCACUAUGCUGGCAACCAAAAUAUGAACUUUGUCAAGAGAAGACCCGCAGUUAUAACAAAUAUAAGGGUCGUGUCGAUGCUGGAAAUGUAUAUUGUCUGCAGGUUUGUAGAGGAAACGUGUCAAUCGAUAUUUCGAUCAAUCCAAGACGCACCACGUGGUUUGGGUUUGUCCAAUUGGAGCAGCGAUUUGAUACCCGAAACUAUGCCCUUUGUCUGGAUUUCGCCAAGUUAUCAACAAUAUGGUCGAAUUAACUUUUAUAUAGUAACAUGCGGAGAAAGGAUAUGAUUUGUAACCGCAAGACGACAAUUUCUGGAUACAUCAAUUUCUGUUUUUUCCUGGAGCAGUGAGUGUGCGCUACAAGUUUUUGGCAAACAUUGCGCCAUGAGUUUAUUCAUCACAUGACUUCCCUUCCCCCACCUCAAAGAAUGAUGAAGAAGUCGGACAUGUUUGAGGGAAAUGUGUUGGGGAAAAAAAGUAUCGUGGUGGAGGACAAGGAUAAUUUUGAAGGAAAGUUUUACUCUGCAUAGUGGAUUUACAAAUUGAGAUUUUUAAUAGUUUAUUUUUAUGUAACCCUGGGAAUCAAUUAGCAAAAUAUUUUUGUUAGUAUUUAUUCAAGAUUAAGAUACAGAUAUUAUUUUACGGUGUAAUUCAAGUUUCAUUGUAUUUAGAGGCUUUCAAAUGUAUACUUUUUGUCCAUAUAUAUUGAAAAUCGCGAGGAUUUAGUCGAGUGACAUUGAAGAGAACGUGUAACCUUGGUGUGGGGGAUGGGUAUUAUCAUUAGGGAACCAUUUUGUACAGCUUUUAAAACUACUCUUACGAGUUUUUCUUUUUGUCGAAGGUUGGCAUUGUGCUGAUAAUUCAGUCUAGUUUGUUGCACGUGGACUUGGUCGAAUGAGUAUCUUGGUAUGAAAGGACAUGUUUGGGGAUUUAGUUGUCUAAAUGGAGAUAUAACUAACUAGUUUGGGUUUUCUCUGGGCAGCUCAUGUUGAAGAUUGUAAGGUUUAUAGUUACGUGUUCAAAUCGUGAAUGCGGCCUACUUGGGUGUUAUUGAAGUUGAGCAACUUUGCUCUAAAAUUCAUUAAACAGAUGCGACCUUUGCUUGAAGUGCCUGCUUUAUAGUAAUUCUUAAGUGGUUGUGUAAUCCAAAAUUCUUAUCUGAUUUGAUAACCAUUUCAGCACGAGUUGAGAAAUGCUGUGUCAUUCAAUAGAGGGUAAUUUCCUUUGCCACUUCAGCUUAGGGUUGAAGUUUGCCUUACCUCAGCUUCAGUGUGCGUUAAGCUAUUUUAUCCAUCAACUGUUGAACUAUUAGUAUUUCAGGCCUUGGUUGAGUUCCUUAAUAUUAGUAGGCCUAGGACAAUGGUAGCCUCUUUUGUAGUCAUCCUGGUAAAAUAUGUACCUAGGUCAGACAGCACGUGGAUCUUACUUGGUACAAUAGUGGUUUGAAACUAGGCGUUAUGAUCAUCGCCCUUUUGAUCCAACGCAGGGAGUGGUAUUUCGUGUACAUUUUGUGACUCAUUGUAUGCAGUCAAGCUCGUGCGCACUUCAAGAUGGCGCUCCAUCAACACUUGGGAAGGACCAAAAUGCGGCUACUCGGAGAUAAAUGUGGUUUUAAGCGCUCGGCCUACGUUUGGCAUCUGAUAGAUACGUGUGACCGAACUCGCUAACCAAUGGCUUGCUUUAUUUUUACUCAGAAAGUUCGCGCUAGAGUUUCAGCGACCAAUCAUUAUCGUUGCUUUGCCCACGCUGACGUAAUGUAAUUUGAUAAGCGAAAGGGCGGGUUGUUGGAUGUAGCAUUUCGUGGAAUAGUACGUAAAACAACCAAUCAGAAAGUAAACAUGUUGAGUGCUGGGAGGUCUGGGCAGAAAUAUAGCGAAUUUAGUUUGAUUGACAAUAACAAUAUGCGAAUAGGUUGGAGGGAAAGCUUAUAGGAGAACAAAUGGUGUUUGGGGGUGUGUUUACUCUGGCUGACGUAUUCAACUGCGAAUAGAAAAUCGCGGGGCGUAGUCUUAAAUUCCCUAUCCAAUAGAAUGCAUGGUUGGUCUAUAAAUUGUCGGGCAUAGACGUGAGAUGCCAUUUCGCUGAAGCAGUGAUCAGUUGGAAUCAGCGGGGGCUGGAGGAAAGGACGGGCAAAGCAGGAACUUAAAUAUUGGUAUUUAAACAGAAUCCGGAUCCAUCGUGAUGGAGACGGCCAUAAACCCGCCCCAUGACAGCUCCCUGGGCGGGGUCGACGUAGGCCUGCAGGGCGGCAUGGCGCUGGAGCAGGGCCCGCCGGGCCCCGGCAAGCGCAUCCGGAAACCGUCACUGCUGUUCGAGGGAUUCGAGGGCCCGCCGUUGCUCCCCCACGGGCAAGCUCCCCCCUCUGGGUCGCCACGGCCCCUAGUGCCCGACACGAACCGGCAGGGCCGUGCCACCAACCAGCUGCAGUUCCUCCAGAAAGCCAUGAUGAAGUACCUGUGGAGGCACCACUUCGCAUGGCCCUUCCAUGAGCCUGUGGAUGCCUCCAAGCUCAGCCUGCCUGACUAUCACAAGAUCAUCAAACAGCCCAUGGACAUGGGGACCAUCAAGAGGCGGCUGGAGAGCAACUACUACCGCAGCGCCAGCGAGUGCAUGCAGGACUUCAACACCAUGUUCACCAACUGCUACAUCUACAACAAGCCAACAGAUGAUAUUGUUCUGAUGGCCCAGUCCCUGGAGAAGGCUUUCCUUCAGAAGGUUGCCCAGAUGCCCCAGGAGGAAAUAGAACUGCCCCCUCCUCCCCCACGGGGCAAACCGGGCAAGCCAGGCAAAGGACGCAGGGCCACAGUUGCCUCAGUACCAGGAGGAGUGACGACUGCUCACCAGGUCCCGGCAGUGUCCCAGUCCGCGUACUCUCCCCCCACGCCGGACACCCCAGAGUCGCUGCUCUCCACCCCCCCACAGACACUUCUGGCCAAGAGCCUACCUCCCACCCUCCACAGUACUCCUGCUAUGCUAGGCUUACCUCCCACACAGCCAACAGCCAAGAAAAAGGGAGUGAAGCGGAAAGCGGACACCACCACUCCCACCACCAUGGCCAUGCCCAUCACCGUGGGCGUUGGCGGGAUUGGCAUGGGCAUGGUCGGCGGGCCCGACUCCCCAUUGACACUCACCUCGCUGGUGGUAGGCCAAGGCCUGGGGCUCGGCAUGGGGAUGGGUAUUAGUGUGGGCCGUGGCAGAGGCAUGGCGGGCGCCAAAGCACCUGCAGGGAGGCGGGGAGUCAGCGGGCGCCCUAUCAAGCCCCCGAAGAAGGACCUGCCGGAUUCUGUGCAGCUCCAACCGGUGCGACGCGGCAAACUGGGCCAGCAGCUCCGGUACUGCAAUGGGAUUCUCAAAGAGCUGCUGUCCAAGAAACACGCGGCUUACGCCUGGCCCUUUUACAAACCAGUGGACGCCUCCAUGCUGGGCCUACACGACUACCAUGACAUCAUCAAGCAGCCCAUGGACCUCAGCACCAUCAAGAGGAAAAUGGACAGUCGAGAGUACAGGGACGCCCAGCAGUUUGCUGGUGACGUGAGGAUAAUGUACUCAAACUGCUACAAGUACAACCCCCCAGACCAUGACGUGGUAGCCAUGGCACGCAAACUACAGGACGUCUUUGAGUUCUGCUUUGCCAAGAUGCCUGACGAGCCUGCGGCCCCUCCUGCUUCCAUGGGCGGGCACUCCUCAUCUUCAUCUUCCUCCUCUUCCUCGUCUGAGAGCGACCCCAGCAGCGAGAGUGAGAGCGAUAGCAGCCCCAGCUCGGACAGCGAGGAGGAGCGAGCACACCGCCUGGCCGAGCUGCAGGAACAGGUGUGUACACAGCUGAAAGCAGUUCAUGAGCAGCUGGCAGCACUCUCCCAGGGCCCCAUCGUCAAGCCUAAGAGGAAGAAAGAUAAGAAGGACAAGAAGAAGAAGAAGAAGAAGAAGACUGAGAAGCAUCGGGGAAGCCGGGUACCAGUCGAAGAGGAUAUACCCAUCCGGCCGCCCAAAACGCCCAAGGUCACCAAGAUGCCGAAGACACCCAAGAGUAGCAAAGGGGGUUCCACACAGGGCAAGAGGAGCACUGGCAAGAAGAGCAACAAGAGCAAGUCUUCCAAGAAGUCGCAGGCAGUGACGCUCAGCAUGCACCAGAUGAGCGCUGCCGCCAUGCUCCCCCACUACGACUCCGAGGAGGAGGACGAGGUGUCGCCCAUGAGCUACGACGAGAAGCGCCAGCUCAGCCUGGACAUCAACAAGCUGCCCGGGGAGAAGCUGGGCCGUGUGGUUCACAUCAUCCAGGCGCGCGAGCCUUCGCUGCGCGACACCAACCCAGAGGAGAUUGAGAUAGACUUUGAGACACUCAAGCCGUCCACGCUGCGCGAGCUGGAACGCUACGUCAUGACCUGCCUCCGCAAGAAGCCUCGCAAACCCUAUGUAGGGAAGAAAGGUGGAGCAGGGAAGUCCCGGGAGGAGCUGGCUCUGGAGAAGCAGUUGGAACUGGAGCAGAGGUUGCUGGACGUCAGUGGGCAGCUGAACUCUGGCAAGAAGCCCCAGAAAACCAAAGCAGAGAAGCCCAGUGCAGUGGAGCCCCACGCUGUAGCGUCUCGCCUCAGCGCCAGCAGCUCAAGCUCAGACUCUUCCUCCUCUUCUUCCUCGUCCUCCUCUGACACCAGUGACUCGGACUGAACGCUCCAGUGGGAUGGGCGUUGAGCCCGCGAACCCCAGACAGGGCAGGACUGGCAACAGAGCUGCAGGCGGGUCAGACUAUAGUCAGAACUGACCCGGAAUUAAGAAAGAUAUCCAGACCCAACAGAAAGAGUGGAUGGAGAGAGACUGGGUUGUUUCAUUGCUCUAGAAACCUAGAGGGUUGACAGAGAUGAUGCGUUGUCUCAUAGGAAAAAGAGCAGAUGGCAGGAUCUCUACUGGCUCUGGAAAGAUGGAAGGAUCUCUACUGGCUCUAGAAAGAUGGCAGGAUCUCUACAGGCUCUAGAAAGAUGGCAGGAUCUCUACAGGCUCUAGAAAGAUCGCAGGAAAGCUGGAAGGAUCUCUACUGGCUCUAGAAAGAUGGCAGGAUCUCUACAGGCUCUAGAAAGAUGGCAGGAUCUCUACAGGCUGUAGAAAGCAAGGAGGAUAGAUGGUCCAGAACUCUGGGAUCAUCUCGUACUACGUAAUUCUCUCCACGCUGUGUGUAUAUACUGUGUACAAAUAUAUAAAUAUAUAUUUUUCUUUUAUAAAGAAGAAUUUUAAGGAAUCCCCAAAUGUGGGGAGAAAGUAAAGGUGUUUGUUUUUAUGACAAGGAGUUAGAAGGUAAAGUGUGUGUGUGAGAGAGAGUGUGUGUGUGUGUGAGAGAGAGUGUGUGUGUGUGGGGCACGGCCUCGCACAGUAAACACAGCCCUGCUUAGUUUCUCAUCUUGUUGAUGCAGGCAUUUGAAAGAAUUCUGCAUUGUAAAGCACCUUGGUUCAGUAUACAUGUAUGAAAUGCACACAUGAAGAAACUGAAGAGCAUCAAGACUGUGCAACAUACGCAUGUACUUCUACAGCUUGAGAGGGGUGUCCAUGGUAUAUAAAUGGUUUAAGCAAACUAACUUUUUCCUACGUUUCACUCUGUUUUUUACGUGUUUCUAUCUUGUGAUCAAUCUGCAAAUAAAUUGUGAGGACAGCUCUCCACUCACCAUUACCCACACGCAAACAUAUUCUUCCCUUGUUUUGUUCUGUCAAUUGGAUAUGUCCAGGAUUUGUCAAAUGAAGUCUACAGACUACUGAAAUGGUCACGUCGUUCUCCCAAGACAUUUGAACUUGCAUGGGUAGUGUACAAUGACUAGAUUAUGAGACUUCACCUUUUUUUUUAUUUCACAUUGAUAGAUGGUAUCUUAGUAAGGUUCAGUGAGGCGCUGACAUGCCUUCCUUGUGUCCCCCAGAUCUGUUUGCCAUACCAAUGAUUUGUGGCACAAAACCACACUAUUUAUUUAACUAGUCCUUUUAACCUUUUGGCAGCUGAAUGUUUUUUUUUCUUCAAUUUAGCUCAAUCUGGUUUCGGAAGAAGAUUGUAGUGACCAUUUCCUUGCUCAUAGUGCGUUUAGCAGAAGUGGUAUAUGUACUUCAUGAUUCGGAGGAACUAAACUGAUUUUGUGAUUUUAGGUAAGAAUCAAGCUCAUUUUUUUUUUAUAAUCGUUUGAGAAUUUAGAAUUUGUAUGUGUGUGAUAAGUUAUUUAUUUUCUGGAGAUUUGAGUGGACACUGAGACCAAAUCCUAAUUGCAUUUACUUGAAGGCAAUUGAGAAAGUUGGAUAUUGGUAAUAAUGACAAACUAAUCAAACAAAAAUGUUAAGGAGAAAAGGCACAACUGAAAAAAGUGUACAUUUUACAGUCACACAACUUUGGAGCAUGUUUCUACCACUGAUGUUUUUGUUUUGAUUUUGUUCUCUUACAGUCAUGUUCUUUGACCCCUACAAUUGUGAGUGGUUUUUUCUUGUUCUGUUUAUUUUCUAAGAUAGAAAACUUUGAACUGUCUGACUACAAAUAAAGAGAGAGAUCUUUAA